AUGGAGUUUGAGGUUGGUGAUUGGGUUUUCCUGAGGAUCUCACCGAUAAAAGGUGUUAUGCAUUUUGGGAAGAAAGGUAAGCUGAGUUCGCGGUAUAUCGGGUCGUACAAGAUUCUUCGACAAAUUGGCCAGGUUGCUUAUGAGUUAGAAUUGCCAUCCGAAUUUGAAUUUGUCCAUCUAGUAUUUCAUGAAUCUAUGUUGAGGAGAUGUAUUGGAGAUCCUUCUUGGGUCAUCCCUAUCAAAUAUGUACAAGUUAUGGAGGAUCUAUCAUAUGAAGAAGUGCCAGUGACUUUAAUAGAUCGACAAGUUCGCAAGCUGAGAAUAAAGGACGUAGCUUCUGUCAAAAUUGAAUAUAACGAGGAUGCUGGGAGAACGCAGGAUGCAAUGAAAGCAAAAACGGCUCUAUGA